AUGGACGACGUCAGUACCUCCCACUUGCUCUUCCGUCUUAUGAUGUAUGGCCGGACACCACUGCACUAUGCCUGCCAUACCGGUCGUGUCAUGGUAGUGUUGAUGCUGUUGGAGCAUGGUGUCGAUGCAAAAGCGCAGAACAAGGUCAAUACUUCCCUCUUUCCCAUUAACCUCCCUCUGCUGGGCGGCCGAGCACCACUGCACUAUGCCUGCUAUAACGGCCAUGUCAAGGUGGUGGAGACACUGUUGGAGCACGGCGUUGAUGCUGAAGCCAAGGACGAGAGAGGGGAGACGGCCUUCGAUGCUGGACGUCGACGUGGGCAUGCCAACAGGCUGGAGCCCGUCUUCGCUGCCCACGAGGCUCGCCUUGCACAGCUAUUUGCCUGGCUGCCGCCCUUGCCCAGUCCUGCACCGUCCCUUGAGACGACGGCCGCUGUUGUGGUGUCGGUGGAAGGCUGGCUCAGACCGCUCCUGCCCGAGCAAUCCACCACUCACCCUCUCCCGCACCUCGAUGCCUUUAUCAGCGGUGCCAUCAAGCGAAACUCUAAUCUCGCAGCAAUGGUUACGAAGAUCCAGAACACCAUCGAUGAAGCUCCACCAGAGUUUCCUGCCUUGAACUGGCCUGCCUUCAAAGCGACCAUCACCCGCGCCCUCGGCGUCCUCGACCAAGCAGUGCAAGUUCCCGAAGCGCUACAGGGCUGCCUCAGCCAACUGGACCCCAACAUUGACAAUCUAGAAUCGGUACUUGAAAAGAUGCAAAGUCUAACAGAGCAGAUUGAGCUCCAACCAGUAUAUCUUGAACUCCAGAACAUCUUGGCAAAAUGUCCGGCUCCAGCCACCGCGCCCACGACUGCGUUUGAGACGCCACCCACCGACUUUGCAGCAGCUCUGGGCAAACUCGUCAUGCUGCACAAUGUGGAACCCGAGCGCCAAGAACGGCUUACCAGCACCAAUACCAAUAUCAAGCGGCGGGUGCUGGCGUUGAUUGAUGCUCUGGACGUCAAUGGGCUGGAGCAGCUCGCAGACUGGAGAGCAGAACACGAUUAUGAGCAUCAGGACUGGUACCUGGCGUUUGUGCUGCACGAGACACAAGCCCUGUUGCAGCAGCUGCACGAUAUGAUCGACUGGCAGGCCAAGACGCUCUCCGUGGUGACCUUAUGCGAAGAAUAUGCAAGCAGCAUCACGCAGAGCAGCGCAGAUCAAGUUGUAUCCAUUCAUGAGGAGGUGGCCGAGCUGCAGAAGAAAAUUCAGGCAACCACAGCAUUCUUGGCUUUUGUGUCAGACGACAUGCGAGCUGGUAUACAAGCCAACCUGGAUGAAGAGAAGGAGCGACUAUCGACGUUGCAGCAGCAGCUAUCGAAAGCAACACAGGUGGACCAACUGGCAGCACUGGCAGAGCUACUGCACCAACACUUUCCGGCCCUCUUGAUCUUUUUGCACCCUGAGCACAGUGCAUUGGGUGUACACCUCCGCAAAGUACUUGGCCCCGACCUUCCAGCCAGUCUGAUCUUGGAGGCCAUGACCGAAGUGGACCAAGUGUUGACGCUCUCCUGCCUGGGUCAGCUUGAGCUCCAUUACAACCAAAACCACAAGGUGUACAAAGCUCGUGCAGCGCUGCCGAAUCGGCCUGAGCAAGAACAGGAUUUGGCUGUCAAGGAGUAUGCAUUUGCCCAGCAACACAAGCAAAAUCAGUGUCGUACGUUUCUGCGCGAGCUUCGCGCCAUGCGCCAGCUUGAGCAUCCAAACAUCGUUCCAGUAUUCGGUGCGCUUGUGGGCGUGCAUGAUGGCCACCCAAGCGCCUAUCUGGUGCAGCCGUGGUGUACACAGGGGGAUCUGCAGCAGUGGCUCGGCAAGGCGCGGCAUCUGGCCACCUCGACCGUCGUUGCGAGUUUGAUGACGCAGCUGCGCAUGGCCCUGGCGUUUAUGCAUAGCAAGGGCCUGGUGCAUCGGGAUGUCAAGCUGAGCAAUGUGAUGCUGGACGGUGACGAGGACCAACCUGUUGUGCGGCUCGGCGAUUUCGACAUUACCAAGGCGGCGGCCGAAGCCACUAUGCUACCAUGCACAGCCACUGCGUCGUUGGGCACGACUGGCUAUGUAGCACCGGAGUUGCUAUUUGGAAUGGGUCGUGUAGGUGCACGACCGGCACAGGAUGCCUUUUCCUUUGGCUGUGUGCUAUACAACACCUACAUGUUUCCACAGACGGUGCCACCUGCUCGUUUACCCACGGACCAGCUUGCCGACCAAUGCACAUGGGAUGCAGGGGCAGGAGGUGCAGAAUGCAGUUUUCCGCACUUGGCGGCUGAGAUGUGCAAUUCGACGAGCGAGUUGUACAAGGAAACACGGGCCUUGCUUGCAACAGAUCCAAAGCAGCGGCCAAUUCUCUUCAGCGCCGGGCAAAGAGUGCAGCGACCUGUCACGACUCAAGCUGUUGGACCAGCCAUUGACGUUUUGCGCGACGCACCCGAGCUCAUCCCAGAGGUGGUUGAGCUGCUACAGCAGCUGGGUGCUGACGGGCGGGAGCCAAGCAACAUUGCAGUGCGGCGGGUGGAGCGUGUGCAGAACCCCGUGCUGUGGGAACGGUACAGCGCCAAGCGAUGGGAGAUGCUGCACCGCAUUACAAGUCAGGAGCACUAUGAUCAACUUCAUACGGCCACAAGUCACCAAUAUGCGACGCCCGGAGCAAACGGCGAGCGUAUGCUCAUUAUUACGCGGGCCCUGUUGGGCCGUGCCUAUGUCCAUCCUUCGCCUCCUUUCGGGGCGCUGGCUCCCCCGCUGCUGCCCGAUGCACCCAACAACGAGCGAUUUGAUUCUGUCAUUGCUACACCGCAAAGAACGUUUCGCGAGGUGAUAUUGUUCGACAAUGCCCAGAUUUACCCCGAACUAGUCGUCUACUACACUGCCUAG